CUUUGUUGCAACACUGCUUAGUCUCCCGGUAGUUGGCCCAGCCACAUGAUCUCCAGUGAAAGAUAUUCAACAUGUGACUGCGUGACGACAGUAGGUUAGCAAUACUGUAUUCUAUGUGAAUGUUAGUGUUUAUACAACGGUAUGGCGAAUACAGCUUGUGAAGGUAUUGACUAACUAUGAUUGAGGCUUUAACUUUCGGCCAUAGAAUGUCGUAACAAGCUCAUGAGAAAAUACACAACGAUUCCUUACGACGUCAUAAGAAAGAUGAACCAUUUGACAGCCGAUCUGUACCUGCUUGUAUUGGCCUACAUGAUUGAGAUACGGACAUGGCCUCGACACGAAGGGACCGACGUUUUAAUUUAAGGUAUCUGUGAAUAACUAAGUCGACCACAACUUCAAGAUGGCGAUGAACCGCGGUCCGCACGUGCGUGACCUAUUCAUUGGACAAUCGGCUGGUGGCUUUGAGUAUGAAGGAAAAGAAGGUAAAAAGAAAUACAAUUUGAACGCCAAAGGAAAAGGUGGAGGUUUCUCCCAACUGGGAGCCUACAAACCUAAAAUACUAGCCAGUGAUGGGAGUGCAAAUAUUCCGAUUGACAACAGCACAAAGCCUGAACAUAGUGAUAGAGACAAAGUAGGAAAGGUGAACAAAGCUUUCAUCAUCGGUGACAAAGAUAUUCCGAUGACAAUUGAACCAUCUGAGAACAUUUAUUCAGAAAUACAGGAAACCUUCAUUACUUCGUCUUCGGAUGCUGGCGACCAGUUCAGCUCCAACCCCGUCUUCAAAGACUCUUCGACGUCAGCAACGCUACACCAUGGAAACGUGUACAGAGAACAGAGGUCCCAGUCCAGACAGAGCGUUCCCGUGGAGAAGAUUGGCGGCGUCGAUAUCCCAGCUCCUGAUUACGAAGAGGAAGAAAUGACUCUGGACUUUGAGGGCGAUGACAAAGUACACGACAAGAGAAGAGACAGUAUUUAUAAGGAGUUUCCAGGGGAGGACUUCUCCCGGUACCUUUCAGACGACGAGGAGGACUAUGAGUUCGAUCGCCCCAUGUACACAGUUAGAUCCAAACCGCCAGUUUCGCGGAGGGUCCUUCAGAAGAAGGAUAGCAGCAAGUCUCGGACAGAGGCGUGGAGGGGCGAGAAACCGAAGCGAGACUCAACAAAAUCGUUGUUCAAACAAAAUGCGAAGAACACCGGGAAGACGACCUUGAGGUAUUAUAGCGUUAACGAUACCAAGUUGGGUAUCGGGCUUGAUGGCGCAGCCAGAAAACCACAGAAGAAGUCAAUACGUGACGGUGUACCAUAUGAGUCCUCCUACGAAUCCUUCUUGCAGGCGCGGAACGGCGGUCCACGAUGGGGAAGUCUCGAGAGCUCGAGCAGCGACAGUGGGCACGAAACUGGAGAUGACUUUAAACGUGGUCCAAAAGGUAAUAAUACCGGCACUUUCUGGAAAAAACUCACGAUAAAGUUCAAGAAAACUGGAUAUAAUCUUAAACACUGAAGAUGUGUGUGAUUCGUUGGGGUCAGGGAGUGAACCUUACAACUUGAACCUCGUCGUGACUGAUUCCAUACUGCACCUCUACCUCCGUGUCGUCGUGCAUGUACAGCAAGGUGCACUGGAGUGGAGUGGGUGUUGUUGUUGUUGUCGCAUGUACAACUGAACUGUUGACCAUUCCAAUAUGGACAGUGGAAGUCAGUGUGCUGUACAUGAGGGAUCGUGUUGUAGAAACUCAGUACUACAUGUGACUGCUUGAAGGAAUGGCGCUAGCCGUACCUUCUGUCUCAAAAGUAAAGUUGCGAUACAUCAGUGCCGGGCAGAUCCAAUCGUUACAGCUGUUUCUACAUUGAUGUUGAAUAACCACAUUAUACCACCUAGUAUGUGACUGUCGUUGGAUAUUAUGCAUUUAAAUCCACGCUUUUAAGUAAUUACAUGUUUCAAUGCUGUCACGGCACAGCCUUAAUCAAUUUCAGCAAUAGGUUGAUGAGACUGCUCCCUCAGACAGCCAGAUACCAUGGUCACAAUGAACAUAUAAGCAGCAUUAUUUCAUACGUUAAAACUAGCAUUCAGAAUACAUUGGUUCAUAUUUGUCAUUAGCGUGCAGCCUAGCAGGGUAGGGUGGGUGGGGGUUUAAUGCUUACACAAGGCAGUAGAUACGCAGGCCGUCUCUACAGGUAAUGUCCGAGUUAUUUUUUAAAGAAUGAUCCAAUACUUUAUUUUCUGGAAAUUUAAUUACUACCUACAAAAUCAACAUGUCUGAUAUUCCUUGAUACAAUGAAAACGAUGUUAACAAGUACCAGCAUUUCUGUACAGCUCCUACUUGGUCGUGUGUCCUCAACCCCCGUCUUCGGCGUCAUGGUAUACCAUGUCAUGGUAUAACUUGUCAUAUCAGUCAUUGCAUAUGUAAAUAAUGUGAUGCAUAUUCAUGAAGGUCACACUAACACACACAUUUGUUCAUCGUGAACUUAACUCAAAUACUAUCAAAGCUGCCAGUGUAUGAUAGCGCGUGAAUGCGGCGUAAAAAUACUUCACUCAUGACAGUCGCAUAGGCGCCCAUGUGUACGUCAUCAGGUGUGCCGUUUGAAACUUCAUGUGAAAUAUAUAUUAAUUAAGGAAUACAGUUCGCUCUACCACCAUGUAUAGUGUAAUAAAGCACCCUUUCGCCCUGAACU